AUGCCCACAGGGGAUUUGCUCUCCCUGAAGGGUAGCUGGCGUCCUGUCUCCAAGGGCUGCAGACUCCCUCUCAGUGCCAUCACAGCCUGCUGGUCGUCAGCCAAGAGUCUGCGUGCAACCAUUGGCGAUGCUUUCGAACGCCUCCACCGCUUCCUGCGCGAGCGUCAGAAGAGCAUGCUGGAGGAGCUGGAGAUGGACACAGCCCGCAAGCUCUCCGACAUUGAGCACAAGAUCCAGCGCUACAGUCAGCAGCUGCGUGACGUCAAGGAGGGCAUCCAGAUCCUGCAGGAGCGCCUCAACGAGACUGGACGACACGAUUUCCUGGAGGGAGUCGCCAUCACGUCUGAGAGGAUUAAAGGAAAGAUACAUGAGACCAAUCUGACGUACGAAGACUUCCCGACAUCCAAGUACAUGGGGCCCUUACAAUACACAAUAUGGAAAUCACUCUUUCAGGACGUUUCACCAGUGCCAGCAGCGUUGACCCUCGAUCACAUCACAGCCCACCAAAGACUGAUCCUCUCAGAUGACUGUACCAUCGUGGCCUACGGGAAUCUCCAUCCGCAACCACUGCAGGACUCCCCGCGCCGCUUUGAUGUGGAGGUGUCUGUUCUGGGCGCUGAGGGCUUUGCCUCAGGUGUCCAUUACUGGGAAGUGAUGGUGUCGGAGAAGACCCAGUGGAUGAUCGGGGUGGCCAACGAGACGGUCAGUCGCAAGGGCAGCAUCCAGAUCCAGCCCAGCCGUGGCUUCUACUGCAUCGUCAUGCACGACGGGAACCAGUACAGUGCCUGCACCGAGCCCUGGACCCGCCUCAACGUCAAGAGCAAGCUGGAGAAGGUGGGCGUGUACUUGGACUACCCGAAAGGCCUGCUCAUCUUUUACAAUGCAGACGACAUGUCCUGGCUCUACACCUACCGAGAGAAAUUCCCCACCAAGGUCUUCCCCUAUUUCAGCCCCGGCCAAAGCCACGCUAACGGCAAGAACGUGCAACCGUUGCGAAUCAACACUGUGCGCCUUUAAGAGCGACACACAUCUAUAGUCGUGAUUGUCCUGACAGAUGUUUCAGUCCUGAAUUUGCAGGACUUGUGUAGGAAAGAAGUUUAAGAAGUGUUUAAUAGGGUGUUUGAAAUGUUUAUUCCUUUAAGUUCUGUGUAAGAAUUGUGCUUGAUGUUGCUCUUUAAAUGCUUCUUCACGCUGUUAUUUUUUUGUGACUUGAAACGACUGUACGGUAAAGGCCUGCAUUUGAGCCUCAUUCCACAUCUUUCUUUAAAAUGGUGACACAAAAUGGAGAGAGAAAGGGGCCCCUGGGCUUGGGGUCUGUGGCAGCGUCUUAAAAACAAGUGAUUCCCACUCUCAUGGUGACUGUCCCAGGCCCAACUUGCACACUCCCAGGGGGCACCACUCCCCUUAUCAACCUCCAGGCUCGUCAGAGUUGAAGUCCCCUCUCUGUCCAGGCACUCGUCUUGUCUGUGCUGUACAGUUGGCUUUGCUUUGUUUGUGGAAUGUGAUUGACAGUAGUCCGCUCUUUUUUCGGCUUUUGUUUGGUGUUCACCCUGAACUUGUCAAGUCUGUCUGCACUUUUUACUUCAAUCUGAGAUGAUGAUCUAUGAUGCAUUCACGUGUCUGUUCAGUCACCAUCAUUACAAGGAAAGCUCCCAUUCUAUGUGCACCAGCGACUCUCCACAUCCUCUAAAACAAUGAAUGAUACAGUAGUUCAUAGGCUGCCCACCCCUAACCCUGUCCCAGUCUUACCCACACGCGAUAGGAAGGUCCGUUUGGAGGUGGAGGUUGUUCAGAAAUGUGCUGCUAUUGAUUAAAUACUUAAAUAUUUGUACAUAGUGUAACAGUGGUGAAAACGAAUGUCUGUCUUCAUGCUGGCUCAUGUUUAAGUUUCCCCUCUUUGCCCAAAACCCACAUUCUAUGCUGACACUUAACCUUUGAGGGUUCGGUUCACUUAAAUAUUAAAUUGAAGCAAAUUUCUGCAACAAGUCAUGAUGUUUGAUCAAUUUAUCUUUGAAUCAAAAGAAUACUAAAUACUCAUUGUCUGGGUAUUUGAGGCAGGGACCCUUGGUUGUAAGAAUCUCAAACGCUAAAGAUCAAAUGUUGCUAAAAAUGCUGCAGAGAGCAAGUGUUCACAAUUAUUUCAAAGCAAAUCCUUUAUUUUAAUGUCGUCAGGCUGUAUGAUUCAGGAUGUGGUUUUAAAUAUGGUUUGAUGGACGCAGUGACGGUUGGAUGGAUGGAUAGAUGGAUGGAUGGAUGGAUGGAUGGAUGGUUGGUUGGUUGGUUGGUUGAUUGAUUGAUUGACUUUAGCUGCUGCUCCGUUAUAUAAUGAUCAAAUCACUAAUAUUUCCUCUGCAGCUCAGUCUUGUUUACACCCCCCCCCCCCCUGUCCUCUUGUUUAUCAUCAGUUGUAAACAAGUCCUGCAGAAUCUGCUCUAAGAGGCUCCUGUCCCUCAGCCAAAUCCAGCAUCCUCAGAGAUGUGUGUGUGUGUGUGUCUGUGGAUGGGCGUGUGCACAGUGUGUUUGAGUUGCCUUCGACUGUAAUUUUUAAAUCCCUCAGCAUAUACUCAUGCUGUGGCCAAAAAUAUGUAUGAAAUGUUGAAAUCAGAUUGGAUAUAACACAUUUUUCUCAACGAACGUGGGGAUCACCUCACCUUUGCCACUGUACAUCUUUGCAUUAUGUGUAUGUAUAGUCUGUGUCGUCCAUUUAAAAGAAAAAUUGGGCAGUGCCCUUGUUUCUGUUGGAUCUUAUUCCAGUAUGUGCAGUAUGAUGCAAACUGGGGUCAAACUGUGAGCAUGUGCAAAUGAUUUCAGGUGUUUGCUUUAACUUGCACAGAUCUGCAAGGGCCCUUGUGUUGCUUCGAAAAUGAGUAACAUGAUGAGUAAAACUGGUGAGUUAGUUUUACUGGAAAUUACUCAGCAAAUCUGUCCAUUUAGGUUGGUGAGGAUUUAUUUAUGAAUGUUUGGUUUAGACAAUCAGGACAGUGUCCUGUUAUUGUAUCUUUGAUCUGUCCUUAUCUAAAACGUGGUACAAAGUCAAUUUCAACCAGCUGGGCUCAUGCAGGUUAGAACACAUGUUUGAAUUUGACCCCAGUUUUCUGUGUUGCAGACCUCAGUGUGGUCGGCUUCAUUAAGAUUUUAUGUUUUACUAUCAAGAAGGAGAUUAUCGUGAGAUGGUGUUGGGAUACUGGUGGUCCAGGUGGUUAAAAUAAUUUGGAUGAUGGUAAUUAUUAAUGAUUGAAAUGAUGAUUGUGUCUUUUGAUGAUGGCCGCUGUGCACCCAUCAUCGUGUGAACACACUCUGGUGUGCUUCUGCUGCUGGAGGUUUGUGGGAAACGUUUUAAUGUACAAUAAAUUACUGAGAAAAUCAGG